AACAUGUACUGUUUCAUUAUGACUUUAUGAGCAUUAUUACUCCGUAAUUAUUAAUGGUUAAUGUGAUAUAAUUCCUGUCAAGAAAUAGAAAACAAAAAUGAAAAAAAUGAUAUAAACUCUCUCAAGAAAUAGAAAACAAUAAUAAAAAAAAUGAUAAAAUCCACUAGCUAAGACGUGCCACCGUCCUACUGGCCAGUAACCACCGCAAGAAGAAUAUAGCAUAAACAUUAAACAAUCACCACUCCUCUCUAUUUCCCUCUUUCUCUUUCUCUCUCAUUCAAUCGUCGGCUACCUCACCUAUAUUCUGUGAAUCCCUGAAAAUCCUGCCCUCAAGAAUGUAGGCAAAAAUAUUUCCCUAUAAAUAAAAUUAAAAAUCCCCCAAAAAUAUUUCAGAUUUUUUUCUUCCUUUUUCCUUUGAUUCGAAGAUAUUUCCACCUGCACAUCGAUUCAUUUGGGAAGAAGAAGAAAUCAAUGGCAACCUUGAAUCAAAAUCGAAGGUAUAAUUUCUUAUUUUCUUUGUUAAUCUUCUAUUUCUUAACCCUAAUUACAAAACCCAUUUCUUCAUUUUCACUCCAAGGCUUUAAUGGCCAUCAAAAUCCCAACUUUGAUUCCGAUUUUACCCUUCUGGGUGAUGCCCAGAUCGCUAAUGAGGGUAAUUUUGUCAAUCUUACCUCCCCUACAUCUGGGUUUACUAGUUCUGGGCAAAUCGUUUACAAGAAACCCUUUAAACUUGUUGAUUCGAAAUCUUCGAAACCAAUAAUUUCAUUUUCUACUGAAUUUACCUUUACAAUUACCCCUGGUAAUGGAGAUGGAUUAGCAUUUGUGAUUUUUCCUAGUGGUGGGGAACUUUCUCAGGUUUUCGAUCAAGGGUAUUUUGGGGUUUCUGAUAAAAUUGACCGUAAAUUUGUUGCUGUUGAGUAUGAUACUCGUAAAGAUGAUAAUGUAGGUGAUUUUAAUGGUAAUCAUGUUGGUGUAAAUGUGGGCAGUAGUUUUGUGUCUAAAGAUAUUAGUGAUGUUUCUUCAAUUGGAUUGCUUUUGAAUGGUGGGAUACCUUUGAAUUCUUGGAUUGAUUAUGAAGCUAGUUCUAAGAGAUUGGAGAUUAGAUUGGCUGAAUCUGGUAGUGAAAAGCCGGUUCAGCCUUUGAUGUCGUUUUCGAUUGAUUUGUCGAAAAUGUGGGGAGAUAAGGAGGUUUUGGUAGGCAUUAGCUCGUCUAGUGGGAAUUCUACACAAGUGAGUAGUUUAUCUUCCUGGAGUUUUAGGGUCAGGACCGUUCCUAGCUCGUUGCAUUCGCAACCGCUGGAUCCCCAGGCUCAUAGUGAUGAGGAACGGCCAAUUCGAAGGAAUAAGAGUAGGUUUUUGACUGUUCUUGGUGCGUUGAUAUUCGCCACAGGAUGUGGUACAUUGGUGGCAUUCGUCGCAUUGUUUUUCUGGGUGGUGUUAUUUGGUAGGCACUCGAAUGUUGUCCCUGAAAUGCCUAUGAAUCAGGUGGAUUUCAAAUAUGAAAAGGUAAAUGUGACUGUCGAUAAUGAUUCUCAUGAUACCACGAGUUGAUUCAAUUUUUUCGUGACAAGUAUUCUUUCCCCUUGUCAUGCCUUGUAUGUUUGUUGUAUCUUUGCUGUGUGAUUUGGGUAUGAUCCUUAUCCACCCUGUAAAAUUUUCCCCCAUUGUAGGUUUGAUUGUAAUAGCUAGUAUGGUGAAGAACAUUCAUGAUGUAGUUAGAAUGUUGUAGUGAAUGAAAUGAAAUAUAUUCUUUCAUAUAAAAUCUUGAUUUUUAUACUGCCA